GUACAGAACGGAGACCCUUGCGAAGCUGUCGCCCCGUAUCUUGGCUUUCAGAACUGUCGAUCGACCAAGCACAAAUUGAAGACCUUUCAUGGAAAUAGUUUAACCCCUUUUCAGUUUUGAUGUGUCACUGAGCUGAGUUAGUUGUUGUUCCUAAUUGGGUUUCGAUUUUAAUUCAAGUUUGAAGUCUCGAUCAACUCUAGACUUGGAUCUUUGUCAGUGAUGGCGAAGGAAGCAACAGAGGUUCCUCUUCUUCAAAAUUCUACUGCAGGGACCUCUUCAUGGGCUCAAACAUUUGGAAACAUCAUUGUUGCCAUUGUUGGUACCGGCGUCUUAGGCCUCCCUUAUGCAUUCAGGGUUGCAGGUUGGCUCGCAGGAGCUAUCGGAGUAACCAUCGCAGGUAUCUCCACUUAUUACUGUAUGCUUCUCCUAGUUCAUUGUAGGGACAGAUUAGCUUCUACUUCAUCAUCAUCUGCCGAUGAAUGCGAUGAAAUUCACACAUAUGGCGAUCUGGGUUGCAAAGCAUUCGGAAGAACAGGUCGGUACCUCACCGAGUUUCUCAUAGUUCUCUCGCAAUUCGGUGGUUCGGUAGCUUAUCUGCUAUUCAUAGGCCAGAACUUGUCAUCUAUAUUUAGAACCCACCACCUCAGCUUCUCUUCGUUCAUAUUCCUUCUUGUCCCAAUCGAAAUCGCUCUCUCAUGGAUUCGUUCCCUCUCUGCGCUAGCUCCUUUUAGUAUAAUCGCUGAUAUAUGUAAUAUACUAGCAAUGGCGAUUGUGGUGAAACAAGACCUCCAACUGUUCGACGGUUUUUCUGAGAGAAAAAUGAUUACAAGCCUUGCACAGUUGCCGUUUGCGGGAGGCGUUGCCGUGUUCUGUUUCGAGGGUUUUGGUAUGACAUUGGCUUUGGAGGCUUCUAUGAGAGAAAGGAAGAGAUUUCCAUGGGUGCUCGCAAUGGCUUUCUCAGGAAUAACGCUUGUCUAUGUGUUGUUUGGGUUCUUUGGUUAUUUGGCUUAUGGAGACCAAACCAAAGACAUUGUAACGCUCAAUCUACCAAAUGAUUGGUCUGCAACGGCUGUCAAGAUUGGACUUUGUCUGGGUCUGACUUUCACGUUCCCAAUCAUGAUGCACCCCAUUAAUGAGAUCGUAGAGGGAAAGCUGAAACAAAGCGAAUGGUUUCUGAAACUUUGCCAAUACAAUUCAGGCAGGGGAAGAGGAGUAACAGAGAAGUUUAUGGUGUAUGUGAGCAGAGCCCUUGUGGUGUUGGUGGCAGUGGUGCUAGCAUUGGCAGUGCCGGGCUUCGGGGAGUUUGUGUCAAUGGUGGGGAGCACAUUAUGCGCACUGCUCUCCUUCGUCUUGCCAGCAACAUUUCACCUCAUUUUUUGCGGGAGUUCUAUGCGUUUGUGGCAGAGGGCUUUGGAUUACUGCAUCUUGAUUUGUGGGUUGGCUUUUGCUGCUUUUGGUACUUACAAUGCAGCCAACGGACACUCUAGAGGUUCUUAAAACAUCACGUCAGGUAGUAUUGAAUCAUGUAUCUUUCAUGGGUUUAGAACACUUGAGUGCAUUGGGAAAUUGAAAG